GGCCCUAACAAGCAACAAAAUGUUUUUUUUAAAGAUCCCGAUUUAGGAUUUUAUUAUUAUUUUUUUUUUUAUUUUUUUUUUGUGAAAGGUUACAAUUUUGCCAAAUAGAUGAAUAAAAAAUUAAAUAGAUAUAUAUAGGCGAUUAACAAUAACAUCGAAUUUUCUCCAGUGCCAAAAUUUUCGAAAUAUCCCAAUAAAGGAUUAAAAUCCAACGACCCCAGAAUCCUUCUAUCAGAUGAAAAAUCAGCCAAAUUGGGCUACUGAACUCACCAAUGUUUUUGUUUUUUUUUUUUUGAGAAAAGAGUUUUGUUUGUGAUCCUCUUCAUUUUUCUUUACCAAUUCUUAACUAUCCAAUUUUAUUUAACAAAAUGCCUUUCCAAAAGUACACUACCAUCGUCAUAUGGGAUUCAGCAAGCACCAAAAUUUUGAUCGAGUUGUUUUCCGAUUACGUUGUAGACGUGGGUGUUAUUCGCUCACCUCAAGCAAAGCUGAAUUUGAACAAGGCAACGGAAGACGUUUUUAAUGCCAGUGACGCUAUCAACGGUAGAAGGGACUUUGCAGCGAUGAAUAACAAGUGGAUUCGCCUCUGUGAUACGUUCAGAACCAAAGAAAAGCUGCCAAUGCUACUGGAAAUACUUUUCCUCCUUACUGGGAGUCUUAAGAUCUGA